UCAGCUGGCAGUCAAGAAAAAGAGGGAAACAAUACAAAAUCGGAAAUAACUAAGCGUUAAAUUAAUAAAUCUGGAUAGAAACAAAGAUGGGAAGAAAGUCCGGGAAGACAGUCCCAAGAAAGCCGAGGGUUCAAAGGACCAUUAAAGCUGAAGAAGAAUCAAAUGAAGUUCACAUAAAAACAGAGGAUCCCGAUGAGGAAACCUAUCCGCAGACUGGGAUUUAUGAGGUGGUCAUGCUGGAUGCAGAAAACCAGGUUAAGGAGGAGUAUGCACUGGAGGAUCAGGAAGAAGACGAACAGGAACCAGAAGAGGACGAGAUAAGCUAUCGUUUGGCUGGCCCACCAAAAUUUUGCUCAACUUGCUUGAAGGCUUUUCCCAUCGAAGAGUUUCCCAAUCAUGACUGCAUGAAUAAUAUCAAUGGCCUAAAGGAAGACGAGGAGAUAAGCUAUCGUUUGGCUGGCCCACCAAAAUUUUGCUCAACCUGCUUGAAGGCUUUUCCCAUCGACGAGUUUCCCAAUCAUGACUGCAUGAAGGACAACAAUGGUCCAAAAUUGGACGAGGAAAUGAGCUAUAGUUUGGCUGGCCCACCAAAAUUUUGCUCAACAUGCUUGAAGGCUUUUCCCAUCGACGAGUUUUCCUUCCACAUCUGCAACAAAUUACCCUGCAAAAUUUGCCCCAAGAAGUUCCGAUACCAGUCUCAGCUAAUCAAACACCUAAGAACCCACCUUAAACUGCAAAAGGGCGAGACCAUGCCGGAAUUGGAGGAGCCGAAACCAAAAAAAUAUAAAACCCCCCCGAUAAAACAAAAUGUGCAGUUUAACUACUCACCCACACCGCGAACGAAAUUAUCGCGACGAAGGGCAGAGAUGCUGAAGCUCAGCGAAAGGCGCAACAGACAGAAACUGUGCCCAUAUUGCCCCAUUGCCUUCACCAACGAAUCUCACCUGGAGAAGCAUCUGAGGAACCACCAUGCCGAACUCAUUUACUCGAACGAACUGAUCACCCCAGAUGCGAAUUCGGAUAGCACAGAAGAUAUUUGCGUCAAGUUAGAGAACGAGGAAACGGCAUAA